AUGAAGACGAGGUUGAAGCUUUUAUGUAAGAAAGAUGCUAGUGGAGCUGAGGCAGACAGUGUGGAGUCUGUGGCAGAGGAUGUGGAGGCGGGAGCUGGCGUGCAGGGCAAGAAGGAGGUUCUUAGGCAGUCCAUCAGGCCGCGUCAUGUUUUUAUGAUCUCUAUGGCGACGGGGAUUGGGACUGGGUUGCUUGUGGGCAAUGGGAAGUCUAUAGCAUGUGCUGGGAUUGGGGGUACGUUGAUUGGGUACGGGAUCAUUGGGGUUAUGCUAGUGUGCUGUAUGCAGUCGGUCGGGGAGUUAGUUGUUGCGUUUCCGUCGUUAUCCGGGGGGUUUAAUUCCUAUGGGAAGAGGUUUAUUGAUCCAUCGCUUGGGUUCAGUGUGUCGUGGUUGUUUUGUUUACAGUGGAUGAUAGUGCUACCGUUGGAGCUUGUGACUGGGUCGAUGACGAUCAAGUACUGGAAUGCUAGUUUGUCGCCUAGUUUAUUCGUUUCGGUGUUCUACGCAUUGAUAUGUGUUGUAAAUUCGUUUGGCUCGGGAGGGUACGCUGAGGCAGAGUUUAUUUUUAAUUCUUUGAAGGUGGUAGUGAUAAUUGGGUUCAUCAUUUUGGGUGUGUUGAUUGACACCGGGUGUGUGGGUACUUCGGGGACCAUUGGAUUCAGGUAUUUGAUUGAUCCAGGAAUGUUUAAUAAGAAUUAUAACAUCAUUAAGGCCACAGCGGGUACAUUGGUGAAUGCAGCUUUCUCUUGCGGAGGAGUCGAGUUUCUAGCAUUAUCUGCCGCUGAACAGAAUCGUGAUAAUAUGCCAAAAAGCAUUGGACGAGCUUGCAACCAAGUAUCAAUCAGGAUUUUUGUGUUUUACUUGUUGUCCAUUUCAGUUGUGGGUCUUCUUGUUCCCCAUAACUCUCCUAUAUUAAUGGGUUCAGGAUCUAAUAUGAUCCACUCAUCACCGUACGUUGCUGCCGUGGCUAUGAACGGUAUAACGGUCGUGCCUCACAUUAUAAAUGCUGUCAUAUUAAUUGCUGUCAUCUCAGUUGCCAAUAGCGCCAUGUACUCUUCGUCCCGCACACUACACUCCCUAGCAGAACAGAAUUUUGCUCCAAAGUACUUUACUAAGUUGAACAAACAUGGCCAGCCCAUGAGAUGCUUGUUCAUAAGCGCCUUAUUCGGCCUCAUAUCAUUUGUCGCCGAAUACAGGGAUCAGGAGGCCAUAUUUAUAUGGUUGUUAUCCAUCAGCGGAUUAUCAACAAUAUUUACUUGGACAACUAUCUGCAUCGCCCACAUUCGCUUCCGUGAUGCCAUCAAAUCCCGGGGACAGUCGCUCGAAACCUUGGGUUAUAAAUCAAUUACUGGCGUUGCUGGCUCCUACAUUGCAACGGUAAUAAACCUUGUCAUUUUGGUAGUACAAUUCUGGGUUUCAUUAUUCCCAUUGGAAAGCAAUGGAAAACCAAAUAUAGUACAAUUUUUCCAGAACUAUAUGGCUGUCCCCGUUGCCCUAUUAUUUUACAUCGGUCACAAGGUUUAUACUAAAAACUGGUCCCUACUUAUUAGGGCCAGUAACGUCGAUAUUACCACAGAUCGUGAUAUAUACUGUCCAACCAUCGAAGACCCCAAAAUAAAGGUCUUAAUGCAAAAUUCUCCCUCACAGGAUUUAGCAAGCGUAGAUUCCAGUUCUGUCAGUCCUGCAUUAGAAAUGUACGCUGCUAUUAAGUAA